AGUUGUCAGGACAAGGUCUAGUAUAUAAACAGAAUGGAUCAUAGAAAAUCCACGCAGAAUCAGAUACAGCGAUGCAAUUAUUACUAAGGGCAAAGUGUUGACAGCUUAAAAGGAAGAUCUCCUCCCGAUUCCACGAAUUUCUUCAUCAAAUGUUUGCAAGAAAAUUUAUAAAAAUUCCGAGGAUUACAGAUUCUUCUUGAGAUUCAAUAAACGUAGGGCAGAAGAAGAAUCGACAAAGUUUGAAGAUAUGGGGAGCAACUAUUACGGUGAAGCCACUCACUACACAGGGAAUGAAAGAAGGGGAGGGUCGUCGCCGCCGCAGCCGCCGCCGCCGUCGUCGUCGAGGAAGGGCAAAAAGGGAAAUUCAGACAAGCCGAAGCAGCCGCAGCGGGGGCUCGGCGUGGCGCAGCUUGAGAAGAUUAGGUUGAACAGUCAACUCGGCUGCUCCACUUAUCUCCCUUCUGUUCAUAAUCCUUACGCCUCUUCGGGAUUCAAUCAGGAAGACUACAGGCUUCAGACAGCUCAUUCUUCAUCGUAUUCGACGUCGUCUUCCCCAUCUUAUGGCUUUCAGGGACACCAUGGAGUCGUGAUGGGGCUGUCUGAUUUGGACAAGGCAAAUAUCUCAUAUGGAGAUUCUUCCCAACCCAAUGCUGCAGCUAGCAGAUGGCAUCCAGGCAAUGCUGGAGCAGCAGCAACCUAUGGAGCUCCACAUUACAAUGUCGAUCCGAGGAUGACCAGAUCUUUCUUCGAACCCGAAAACGAGGGUUCAUUUGGGAAGAAGAGCAUGAGGGAGAGGAAGGAUUCUUUGAUGGGGAACUCCGAAUCGAGCAAUUCCGAUGAAAUCGACCUCGAGCUCAGGCUUUCGCUUUGAACUAUGUAUGAUCAUGUGGUCUGGUCUGAUUUGGUCUGGCAGUAGUUGUCUGGUUGGAUUUCUGCCUGCCUGCCUGCUUGCUUGCUGCAUAUUGUAAGUGAUCUGAUCAUCAGCUAGAGUCGAUUAAUCUUUAGUGAAUAAUAAUCAUUCGUCACUGCCAAAUUAAAAUGAUUGGAAUAUCGAUCCAUCGAAUCUUGCUGCUGCUGCACAAAAAAAAAAAAAACAGAAGAAAAACACACACUAGAGAAAGAAUUGGGGAGAAACUUGAUGAUGAUGAUGAUGAUGGUGGAUAUGGUUGUUUUACAUACACAGUUCGAUCGUUUUGGGAAAGGGUUUUUUUCACUCGUGAUUAAUUCAAGGCUCUCUACAUUAUUAUUUUUUAUUUUAUUAUAUGAAUGCAUUUUUAUACAUUUCAUAUGAAUUAAUAUAUAUAUAUAUAUACGAUUAUAUGUA